UGAUUUAAACUUAGACUUAGAUUAACUUUAAUGAUCCUCAAGGGAAAUUGUUCCACACAGUAGCUCACUUACAAUGAUGGAAAGUGUAAGGAUGGAAAGGACAACGCAGGUAUAAACUUAAAGGCCUACUGAAAUGAGAUUUUCUUAUUUAAACGGGGAUAGCAGCUCCAUUCUAUGUGUCAUACUUGAUCAUUUCGCGAUAUUGCCAUAUUCUUGCUGAAAGGAUUUAGUAGAGAACAUCGACGAUAAAGUUCACAAAUUUGGUCGCUAAUAAAAAACCCUUGCCUGUACCGGAAGUAGCAGAUGAUGACAUCACAAGGGUGAGGUCUCCUCACGUCCUCACAUUGUUUAUAAUGUGAGCCUCCAGCAGCAAGAGCUAUUCAGACAGAGAAAGCGACAAUUUCCCCAAUAAUUUGAGCGAGGAUGAAAGAUUCGUGGAUGAGGAAAUUUAGAGUGAAGAACUAGAAAAAAAAAAGGUGAUUGCAUUGGGAGCGAUUCAGAUGUUUUUAGACACAUUUACUAGGAUAAUUCUGGGAAAGCCCUUAUCUUUCUAUUGUGUUGCUAGUGUUUUAGUGAGUUAAAUAGUACCUGAUAGUCAGAGGGGUGUUUCCACGGCUGUGUUGACGCCAGUCUCUGAGAGAAGUCACGAAGCUGCAGCAGGACAGAAGCUCUGCUGAUUUCCGAUAGCAAACCUCACAAGGAUGUGCUGAGCGAUGAGAGAAUUCACAUCAUCGCAAUCACAGAAGUGAAAGGCAUCAGAGGGGGCCCAAAGAUCCUGACAUACGUGACGAAAGUCCUCGUCCAGUUUGUGCAGCUUCUGGUGGUGCUGCUGAGAAUGAAGCUGCAGGCUCAAAUCCUAAUGCAGAAUCCCCCUGGUCUUCCCGGCAUAGCGGCGGCUUGGCUGGUUUGCGUCCUGCGAGGCAGCCGCUUGGUCAUCGACUGGCACAACUACGGCUUCACCAUCAUGGCGCUCAGCCUGGGCAAAACGCACCUGCUUGUACGCCUGGCAAAGUGGUAUGAACAUGUCUUCGGCACCCUGGCGACUCACAACCUGUGUGUGACCAAUGCCAUGAAGGACGACCUGCACCAGAACUGGGGCAUCAAGGCGACCACACUCUACGACAGACCGGCCACCAUUUUUAGGGAGACGCCGCUGAAGGCGCGGCAUGAGCUUUUUGUGAGGCUUUCACGCCCGCUUCCCGUGCUCCAGUGCAGCAGGGAGGAUGAUGAUGUCGAAGCAGUCGAGGCGACCGUCUUCUCCGUGAGGGACCUCGCCAAGGACACUGUGACGUUAAGACCUGGCCGACCCGCCUUGCUGAUGAGCAGCACAAGCUGGACAAAGGAUGAGGACUUCUCCAUCCUCCUGCAGGCUCUCCAAGAAUACGAAGGUUUUAUUCAAGGAGGAGCGUCUUUGCCAGCGCUCAUCUGCAUCAUCACAGGCAAAGGUCCUCAGAAGGAACACUACAUGAAGACUAUUGACUCCCUGAGUCUGAAGCAUGUGAAGAUCUGCACACCCUGGCUUGAGGCAGAAGACUAUCCUGUGUUGUUAGGUUCGGCUGACUUGGGUGUUUGUCUCCACAAGUCGUCCAGCAGUCUGGACCUGCCCAUGAAGGUGGUGGACAUGUUUGGCUGCUGCCUGCCUGUCUGCGCCAUCAACUACAAGUGCUUACAUGAGCUGGUGAAGCACGAAGACAACGGACUGAUCUUCAGAGACGCUCAGCAGCUGGCUGAGCAGCUCAAAUCUCUUCUCUCAGAGUUUACCAACAGCGAUGGCAGGCUUGGCGUCUUCAGGAGGAACCUCCGUGCCAGCAGAGGGCAGUGCUGGGAUGACAACUGGGACCAAAAUGUCCUCCCGCUUAUGUUUUCUUCCUGACGAGAAUGGGAUUCUUCGCUUUUGUACUACAAGCAGCAAUUAUGACUGAGCACUGAGAACUUUUCUUCUUCUGCAGAGAAACUUUGUGGGAACAUUUGUAAAUAAAACCAUCUUUAAUGUCAGACGUACAACUGGAUCAGCUCUAUGCUGGAGACUCUGUCGUACUGAAACACGUGACCGACAGCACCACCCAUCACAUGAUGGCCGAUUCCUGCAUCGCCUGUCAAGCACAGAAAAACCAAAGACUUUGUUGAAGCUCCGCCUCCUCUACUACUGGCCAAUCAAUGAGAAGAGUGAAAUUGUUACCAAGCUGCUUCUUGAAGCCGCUAUACGUCUGUGGAUUCCUCACAGUGGAGCAGAUGAAGACCUCAGGGGAGAUACGCCCGCGUUUUGGUCUGAGUAUUCUGGACAGCAGCUGGGACAGACCCGCUAUGAUGUCUGGAUCGUACACCACGUCUGCAACGAAGAGGAAAGCAUUCAGCACAGCUCCUUUUUAAGCCGCCCACCUGAGUCAGCACAAACUUGACCUGCAACAUUCUAGAACACCUGUCUUGCUGUAUUCCAGGACCAAGUUUCUACAUUUCUAGAACACCUCAUCAACAUCUGACCUCCAACACCAGGUGCAUUAAAUAAUCAACAUUCCAGAAUAUUUUAACUGCGAAGUUCUAGAAGAUCUCACGGGCAAACAUUACAGGACCUCUUAGCUAUGGUAUUUUUAGAUGAGUUUCCUUAACUUUUUGCCCCCCAGUACCACCUCAGAAAACACUUGGUUCUCCAAGUACCACCAUAAAGACCAACAUUUAAAUACAGUAGCGUAGUAAGCCUGAGUAUUUAUUAAAAACAAAGGAGAUGUUUUAUUCUAUCCAUCCAUCAUCCAUCAUCUUCCGCUUAUCCGAGGUCGGGUCGCGGGGGCAACAGCCUAAGCAGGGAAACCCAGACUUCCCUCUCCCCAGCCACUUCGUCUAGCUCUUCCCGGGGGAUCCCGAGGCGUUCCCAGGCCAGCCGGGAGACAUACUCUUCCCAACGUGUCCUGGGUCUUCCCCGUGGCCUCCUACCGGUUGGACGUGCCCUAAACACCUCCCUAGGGAGGCGUUCGGGUGGCAUCCUGACCAGAUGCCCGAACCACCUCAUCUGGCUCCUCUCGAUGUGAAGGAGCAGCGGCUUUACUUUGAGUCCCUCCCGGAUGGCAGAGCUUCUCACCCUAUCUCUAAGGGAGAGCCCCGCCACACGGCGGAGGAAACUCAUUUCGGCCGCUUGUACCCGUGAUCUUAUCCUUUCGGUCAUGGCCCAAAGCUCAUGGCCAUAGGUGAGGAUGGGAACGUAGAUCGACCGGUAAAUUGAGAGCUUUGCCUUCCGGCUCAGCUCCUUCUUCACCACAACGGAUCGGUACAACGUUCGCAUUACUGAAGACGCCGCACCGAUCCGCCUGUCGAUCUCACGAUCCACUCUUCCCUCACUCGUGAACAAGACUCCUAGGUACUUGAAUUCCUCCACUUGGGGCAGGGUCUCCUCCCCAACCCGGAGAUGGCACUCCACCCUUUUCCGGGCGAGAACCAUGGACACGGACUUGGAGGUGCUGAUUCUCAUUCCGGUCGCUUCACACUCGGCUGCGAACCGAUCCAGCGAGAGCUGAAGAUCCCGGUCAGAUGAAGCCAUCAGGACCACAUCAUCUGCAAAAAGCAGAGACCUAAUCCUGCGGUUACCAAACUGGAACCCCUCAACGCCUUGACUGCGCCUAGAAAUUCUGUCCAUAAAAGUUAUGAACAGAAUCGGUGACAAAGGACAGCCUUGGCGGAGUCCAACCCUCACUGGAAAUGUGUUCGACUUACUGCCGGCAAUGCGGACCAAGCUCUGACACUGAUCGUACAGGGAACGGACCGCCACAAUAAGACAGUCCGAUACCCCAUACUCUCUGAGCACUCCCCACAGGACUUCCCGAGGGACACGGUCGAAUGCCUUCUCCAAGUCCACAAAGCACAUGUAGACUGGUUGGGCAAACUCCCAUGCACCCUCAAGAACCCUGCCGAGAGUAUAGAGCUGGUCCACAGUUCCACGACCAGGACGAAAACCACACUGUUCCUCCUGAAUCCGAGGUUCGACUAUCCGACGUAGCCUCCUCUCCAGUACACCUGAAUAAACCUUACCGGGAAGGCUGAGGAGUGUGAUCCCACGAUAGUUGGAACACACCCUACGGUCCCCCUUCUUAAAGAGAGGAACCACCACCCCGGUCUGCCAAUCCAGAGGUACCGCCCCCGAUGUCCACGCGAUGCUGCAAAGUCUUGUCAACCAAGACAGCCCCACAGCAUCCAGAGCCUUAAGGAACUCCGGGCGGAUCUCGUCCGCCCCUGGGGCCUUGCCACCGAAGAGCUUUUUAACUACCUCAGCGACCUCAGCCCCACAAAUAGGAGAGUCCACCACAGAUUCCCCAGGCACUGCUUCCUCAUAGGAAGACGUGUUGGUGGGAUUGAGGAGGUCUUCGAAGUAUUCCUUCCACCUAUCCACAACAUCCGCAGCUGAGGUCAGCAGAACACCAUCCGCACCAUACACGGUGUUGAUAGUGCACUGCUUCCCCUUCCUGAGGCGGCGGACGGUGGUCCAGAAUCGCUUCGAAGCCGUCCGGAAGUCGUUUUCCAUGGCUUCCCCGAACUCCUCCCAUGUCCGAGUUUUUGCCUCCGUGACCGCUGAAGCUGCACACCGCUUGGCCUGUCGGUACCUGUCCACUGUGGACCGGAUGUUUUAUUCAACAAGUAUAUUUAAUAUUUUUACCAUUACACAGUUUGAACAGUAACACUGUGUUUCAAUAUAGGAAAAUAACACUAAUUACUUAACUGAUUCUUUGGCGUGCCACUAGAUGAAGCACGCAUACCACAGUUUGAGAGUCACUGGUCCAGAACAUCACACUAGCAAACAUUUUAGACUAGCUCAUCUGCAACAUUCUAGAACACCUGUUUUACUGCAUUAAAAGAGCACUGAGUUUUAAUAUUCCAAAACAACUGAACAACAUUCCAGGAUGUCUGAUCUGCAAACUUUACUGAAAAUAUUUUGGAACAUUAACUUUCAACAUCAAUAAAGCAUAAUUCCAGAAUAUUUGAUCUGCAAAAUUGUAGAACAUCUCACUGGCAAACAUUUAAAAAUAUCAGACCUGCAAUAUUCUAAAUUCUAGAAUCUAGAACAUCCGUUUUACCGCCUUCCAGGACCACUAAGAGUGUAACUAGAACCAACAUUCCAGCAUACCUGACCUGAAAACUUUAAUGGGGCCUUUCAGAACAUCUAACCUUCAGCAAUGUUCCAGAAUAUUCAAUCUGCAAUAUUUUAGAACAUCUCACAAGCAAAUAUUCAUGCAUCGCAAACCAGCAACAUUGUAGAAUAUCCUUCUCACCGCAUUCCAGGACCUCUUAGCUACAAUAUUCCAGGACAUCUGUCCUGUACCCUGUACUGUUACAUUUUAGAUCCAACCUCGAACAAUUCUAGAGUUACAUUUUGGAUCCAACCUCAAACAAUUCUGGAGCAUUUAUCAGGAACAUUCAAUAGGCAAGAUUGUAAAACAGUGCCAUAACAAACAUUCUGAACACCUGUCUUGGUGUAUUCUAAGGCCAAGCUACUAAUAUUCUAAAACAGUGGUUCUCAACCUUUUUUCAGUGAUGUAGAUUUUUUUAAUUCAAGUACCCCCUAAUCAGAGCAAAGCAUUUUUGGUUGAAAAAAAGAGAUAAAGAAGUAAAAUACAGCACUAUGUCAUCAGUUUCUGAUUUAUUAAACUGUAUAACAGUGCAAAAUAUUGCUCAUUUGUAGUGGUCUUUCUUGAACUAUUUAGAAAAAAAGAUAUAAAAAUGACUAAAAACUUGUUGAAAAAUAAACACGUGAUUCAUCCAUCCAUUUUCUACCGCUUAUUCCCUUUUGGGGUCGCGGGGGGCUCUGGCGCUUAUCUCAGCUACAAUCGGGCGGAAGGCAGAGUACACCCUGGACAAGUCGCCACCUCAUCGCAGGGCCAACACAGACAGACAACAUUAACACUCACAUUUAAACACUAGGGCCAAUUUAGUGUUGCCAAUCAACCUAUCCCCAGGUGCAUGUCUUUGGAAGUGGGACGAAGCCGGAGGGAACCCACGCAUUCACGGGGAGAACAUGCAAACUCCACACAGAAAGAUCCAGAGCCUGGGAUUGAACCCAGGACUGCAGGACCUUUGUAUUGUGAGGCAGACUCACUAACACCUCUUCCACCAUGAAGCCCACAAGUGAUUCAAUUAUAAAUAAAGAUUUCUACACGUAGAAGUAAUCAUCUACUUAAAGUGCCCUCUUUGGGGUUUGCGAUAGCGAUCCAUCUGGAUUCCUGAACUUACGUAAUUCUAAACAUUCUUCACUAAAAAAGAAAUCUUUAACAUCAAUAUUUAUGGAACAUGUCCCCAAUAAUAUAGCUGUCAACACUGAAUAUUGCAUUGUUGUAUUUUUUUCUUACAGUUUAUGAACUUACAUUCAUAUUUAGUUGAAGUAUUAUUUAAUAAAUAUAUUUAUAAAGGAUUUUUGAAUUGUUGCUAUUUUUUUAUAAUAUUUUAAAAAUCUCACAUACCCCUUGGCAUAACUUCAAGUACCCCCAGGGGUAUGCGUACCCCCAUUUGAGAACCACUGUUCUAGAACACCGGACCAACAUCCUAGAAAUUACCUUACUGGUACAUUUUAAAACAUCUAACCAACAUUAAGAGCAUUAAUUGAGCAACAUUCCAUAAUAUUUUAGCAGCAACAUUCUAGAACAUUUCAUGACCAAAAAUUCAGGUAUAGCAAACCUGCAACAUUCUAGAAUUUCCGUCUUACCAUCACCUUUUAGCUACAAUAUUGUAGUACGUCUGUCCUGUACCAUUUUUGAUCAGAAGUCUGACAUUCUAGAGCAUCUAUCAGGAGCAUUGCAGAAAAUAAUGCGCAUUUUAUCGUUUA